GUUGCCCUAAAUUUACCCUGCACAGUAACAUAACAUAAAGUUUUUAUAUUUUUAGCAUGGCAGAGUCCCAAGUCCUCUGCUGGUUUUGACUGCAUAUGGGCAUUGGGAAAGGGCCUUGCAUCUGCAUGGUGGCGUUCUAUAUUUAGCACGUCAGACAUUAGGGUUAAGAUAACGUUUCAAAACACUAAAUUUGGACGCUAGAUUUCAGGGGUAACCCCCAAAAAACCAAAAAAAAACAAAACAGAAACAGAAGCAUCGAACUCAAGACUUUUGUGGAAGCCUCGCUUGUCUGGGUUGAGCUUGACUGUUGUGGAUCGAUGGCACAGAUUGGAGCUCCUGUUCAGCAGCAGGUCGGGGCAGCCAAUGCUUCUUUAUACGUGGGAGAUCUCGAUCUUGCCGUCACCGAAGGACAGCUCUUUGAUAUUUUUAAUCAGAUUGCGCCUGUCGUGUCCAUUAGGGUUUGCAGAGAUCAGAUCACACGUCUAUCCCUUGGCUAUGCCUAUGUCAACUACAACCAUGCCCAAGACGCUGGCCGUGCUUUAGAGAUUUUGAAUUACACUAGUGUUAAUGGUAAGCCAAUGAGAAUAAUGUUUUCCCAUCGUGAUCCAAGCAUUCGUAAGAGUAGCUCUGCAAACAUCUUCAUCAAGAAUCUUGACAAGGCUAUAGAUAAUAGAGGAUUGUAUGAUACAUUCUCUACUUUUGGGACUAUUCUUUCUUGCAAAGUGGCUACAGAUAACAAUGCCCAGUCCAAAGGUUAUGGUUUUGUACAGUACGACCAAGAAGAGGCAGCACAGAGUGCCAUUGAAAAAUUGAAUGGCAUGUUGCUUAAUGGCAAGCAGGUCUAUGUUGGUCUGUUUGUGCGACGACAAGAAAGAGAGCGUUCAAUGGGUACUUCCAAGUUUAGCAAUGUUUUUGUGAAAAACUUAUCUGAGACAACUACGGAUGAAGACUUGCAAAAUGUUUUUAGUAAUUUUGGCACCAUCACCAGUGCAGUUGUUAUGAGGGAUGUGGAUGGAAAAUCCAAAGGCUUUGGAUUUGUUAAUUUUGAAAAUGCAGAUGAUGCAGCUAAUGCAGUUGACAAUUUAAAUGGAAAAACUUUUAAUGAUGAUAGGGAAUGGUAUGUUGGAAGGGCACAGAAAAAGGCUGAAAGGGAGGCGGAAUUGAAAACCAAGUUUGAACAAGAAAGGAAGGCAAAAAUGGAAAAAUUUCAGGGUGCUAAUCUGUAUUUGAAGAAUUUGGAUGAUUCAAUAGAUGAUGAAAAGCUAAGAGAACUGUUUUCAGAAUUUGGCACCAUAACAUCUUGCAAGGUUAUGAGGGACCCUCAAGGUCAGAGCAGGGGAUCUGGGUUUGUGGCUUUUUCUUCUCCAGAAGAAGCCAUGCGUGCUGUUGCUGAGAUGAGUGGAAAAAUGGCUGGAAGAAAACCCCUUUAUGUUGCCUUGGCUCAACGAAAACUAGAGAGGAGGGCAAGACUGCAGGCUCAGUUUGCUCAGAUGAGAGCUCCAAUGGGAGUUACUCCCGCAAUACCAACCAGUUUAUCACCAUAUCAUCCUGGUGCUCCAAGGCUUGCCCCACAGCAACUGUUCUAUGGUCAGGGUCCUCAUGGCCUGAUUCCUCCACAGCCUGCAGGUUUUGGUUAUCAACAGCAGUUGCUACCUGGCAUUCGUCCUGGAAUGGCACAGAUGCAAAAUUUUAUGCUUCCUUUUCAAUUGCAGAGGCAGACCCAACAAGGACAAAGAAUGGGCGGAAGAAGAGGUGGUGCACAGCAAAUUCAGCAACAACAGCAGCAACAGCUGCUUCAGAGAACUGCAAAUCAUGGCCUCCGUUAUAUGCACAACACACGGAAUGGACCAGAUCCUUCCUUGAUGCCCCAGAGUCUGAUGGGUGGAAUGGUGCCAAUGCCACUUGAUGUUUCUGGCAUUGCAGUGGGUAAUGCAGAGGCUGCUAGACCACAACCUUUGCCAAUUACAGCACUUGCUUCUGCUUUAGCUUCUGCAAAUCCAGAGCAACAGAGAGCGAUGCUUGGAGAACAGCUAUUUCCUCUAGUGGAUCAGCUGGAACAUGAUCAUGCUGGUAAAGUUACGGGCAUGCUCUUGGAGAUGGAUCAAACAGAAGUACUACAUCUUAUUGAAUCUCCUGAUGCGUUAAAAGCAAAAGUUCAAGAGGCAAUGGAUGUACUUCGUUUGGCUCAAGUUACAGCUGUUGCAAAUCAGGCUGAUCAACUUGGUUCACUCUCAUUGAAUGAGCCUCUUGUUUCAUGAGGCCAAUAUUUUCUCUUGGGGAGAAUACGGAUUUUCUUGAUGAAACUAGCGAGCUUUACUUGAGCCAGAGUUGUUUUGAUUGCGGUCUUCUAUUGUGGUAGUUUUGCACAUUCUAAUGUUUUGUUGCAGUCCUUCUAACUAGCCCAUUUUUUUAGUAGGGCUGGAGCAUUAUUAGCUAUUUUUUUUUAAUAUACGCAGGCCGUUGCUGAUUCAGCUUGCAAGUUGUCUCACUGCUGCUAAUUGCCAAGUUUGUUGGCAUGUGGUGGCAAAGCCAAAUUUUAGGGCUUGAGACUGGAGUGUAUGACCAUAGUACGAAAUACUCAAUUUCUUUCAUUUAUGCCCCCAAGAUUUAGGUGACUUUAUGUCUGGAAGCGUAUUAAAUUCUGAUUUACAUUUAUUUCAUAUUACUUGAAAAUACUUGACGCAGUUAGGUGCUGCUCUAUCUAAAUUAUUGGGUUUGCCACUAUCUAAAUUAUUGAGUUUGUUUGACAUACAAAUUGCAAUGACAUAUUUCAUUUUCA